AUGGCGACUGCUUCUGCCAUAGCUAACCAAGCGCUCCGUUCAACGUUUGAAAACGAAAAUUAUCAGCGUCUUUCUCGACUGAUUAUGCUUGCGGGUACCGAGUUAUUGAGAGCACAGUUUGACUCCUUUUACCCACCAAGCAGUCUCGCCAACAAACUGAGUGAGUUUGCUACCAAGCAAAAGUUAUUCCACGUUCUCCUGAAGCCUCAACGUAAUGUUGUUUAUCCAGCAACAGGAUUGUUUGGAGAAUCAAGAGACUUUGACAUCAGCCUGCUUUCCAAACUAUUAAAAACUCUUUGUCCGACGCAACUACCUCCUCUGCGCAGCGGAUGGGAUCGUCCCCCAAGUAGAGGUGAUUUUAGCUUGACCGCAGACAUCGUCAGAAUUAAGUUUUACCGCAAUGAUAUUGUUCAUAAGUUUCACAGUGGAGAGUUGAGUGAUGCAGAAUUUUGUUCACUCUGGGAUGAAAUCAAAAUAGUCCUUUUACGUAUAGCUUCCCAUAUCAGCGCAGAAACAAAACUUGAAUGGGAAGAAGCAAUCAACAGGCUGCGGCAUGAUCCCUUAACCCCAGAGGCUGCAAGGAAUGCCGAGGAACUACAGGAAAUGUAUCAGAAGGAUAUGAUCAUAAAAGAAAGUCUUGCAUCAGGGUUCGCUCGAGUGGAGAGGCAAAUUCAAAUUUCCUCUGAAGAAGGAAAAGAACGACUUGAUAGAAUAGAGAAUGAAAUUGAACAGCUUCGUGAAGUGGUGAAAAAUCGGGCUGGCUCCUCAGCGGCAGAAGGAGGAGCUCCUCUUCGUAUUAUCAUCGAUGUCAGAUCCAUGACAAGCCGCAGCUCUCAAGAGGAAGCUCCAUUGACGACGAUAUCCUCUCAUGCGCAGCCAACUGCUUCAGCCGACGAACCUCCGGCAACUUUGACAAUCACAGCUGAUCGGUCCGUACAAAGAAUAGCCUUGGAAAUACGUCGACAUUACGAUUCAUCAACAGGUGAGGAAAACGGAUUUGUUCAACAUCUGGAGGAUGUUAACCAAGUCCUUAUUGUGAAUGUCAAUCUCGGUAGCUUGGUGCUAACAGUCAAAUGCAGCUCACUGGAAAUUCUAGAACGACUCUGGCAGGAUUACUCCAGUGGUCAUCUCGGUAAAGUGGCUCAAGAAUUCCUCGUGAACGAGAGAGUGCUGGAAGAUCUUGGACUCGCUGAACUUAAACUCAGGAUCGCUAUUUCGGAGAAAGAUUACCAGGAGGGUCGGAGGCACUUUGCUAAGUGUGCAGGUUCUGAUUACUCUGAGGAAACAGGAGGACAAAAAGAUGAUGGCAAGGAGGAGGAAUACAUACCUUCUCAGCAUCCCACAGACGUCCGUAGAGAGAUGUCUUUGCUACCACGUCCUAUUCGACAUUUCGUCAACCGAAAGAGAGAGCUCGGCGAGAUAAAACGGUUUCUUAAUAAGAACGACUCACAGAACGACUGUAGAUGCAUCCUGUUACAUGGGUCUGUCGGUAUGGGGAAAACUUCAAUUGCAGUCAAGGCGGUAAACGAGAUAUUAGAUGUCGAUUCCGAGACCGUGGUUGCCUACGUAAACUGCAGGUUUGUGGCCUCCCUUGAUGAUCUCGCUGGGAAGAUUGCCAAGCAGCUGUACCACUUCCCUUUCAGAGAGCCGGCAAUUGGUAGAAUCAAAAGUCUCCUUAUUGAAGAAGAGAAUUUCCAUCCUCUACUGCUGCUUGACAACUUUGAAUUCUUAGUUCAGUUGGACGAUGGAAGAAGCAUGGAGAUGCAGGCUGAAAGAAGAUUUCCAUCCGAAAAGACAGAGAUCAUGAAGUUCUUCAGAGACAUCGCUACAAAGUCAAAAAAAGCGCAUCUGCUGGUGACCUCAUCGAAGAAUAUCGAUAUCCUUCAGACUGGUCAGCAGUGGAUCAAGUUGCUUCCCUUCAAUGAAGAUGAUUCUUUACAACUGUUGAAGAAGGUCUAUGGUGACACCCCUCUGGAAAAAGAAACUGCCUGCAAAAUAGCACAUUGUUGUGGAGGUAUUCCAUUCGUCCUGUUUGCCUUGGCAGCGUGGCAGGAUAACCCAACAGAUCUUCUGGAAAUGCUGACGAACCCGGACCGCAAAGAAAAGUUUACAAGAAUUUCAGAUGCAACUGAAGAUGAGAAGAUCGACGUUUGUAUCGACGUUUGCUUCAAGAGACUAGAUACACACCAUCAGAAUACCCUUGUGUCUCUAACAGUAUUCAGAGGUCUCUUUACCACCUCAAGAGCUUCAAGAAUCCUGAAGUCUGCUGAGUUAAGAGGUGCGAUAGAUGAGCUAGCAAGGAGGUCGUUUCUGGAGCAGCAUAUUUCCGACCCAUAUCAUUACAGUAUCCUCACAGUAUACAGCCUCUACUGCCAGAACAAGACCAUAGAAACACCUUUCCAGGAAGUGUUUUCCGACGCCCGUAAGAUGUUCAUCAAUUACGUUCUUGGUUUCCUUGAAGAAACCUUCCAGAGCUUCCUUAGCACUGAUGUCUCAAAGGCUAUCGUCGAAUACCGACGUGAAGAUGAAAUCAUUAUGCAGCUCAUCGAUUGGUUUGGUGUAAAAGGUUCAAUGGAGGAAGAUCAAGAGAAAAGGUGCACCGAUGUCUUCAACAAGGUGGGAGAACUGCUUGGCAAAAUGAUGGGAAAGAAAACAUUUGACGGCGCCUUUACACAACUGAAAGAUAAGUGUAAGGAAAGUAAAGAUCCCAAGAGAUUGGGAGAAUGUCUCACGUCCCUGGGAAUCAAGGAAGUGUUCAGUUGCUGCUGCUCUCCAGACCUGUGUGAUGAAGCUGCUGGACGAGCCAAGCCCUAUCUGCUGGAGGCCGAUAGAAUCCAAUGUGAUCUUGAUAUCAGCACUGGUAACAGUCGAGCUCAAUGUCUUGCCAAACUUGGUCGGUGUCUCGUAAAGGAACAAAGCUUCACUGAAGGGAAAGAAAAGAUUCGACAGGCGAUCGACAUUCGAAAGGCACGUGGGGAAGCAGACAUUGUUAUGUUAGGUGCAACAUACAAUGACCUAGCAGUGGCUCUCUCCCUUGAGGGAAACCAUGAAGAGGCCAUAAAAGUUAGAGAAGGAGAGACGUUAGAAAUAUACAGAAAACACUUGGGAGACCGGCAUCCCUUUACGGCAACCAUCCUGAACAAUCUGUCCAACAACUACUCUGCCCUAGGUGAGUACGACAUCGCCAAACAAUAUUCAGAGGAAGCGCUGAAGAUUCGGCGUGAGCUGCUGAAAGACCAUUACGACACGGCUAAGUCCUUGUUUGAUCUCGGGAUGGUUCACAAAAAUAGGGAAGAAUUCAAGGAUGCCAAAGCUUACCUGAGAGAAUGUGAAAGCAUGCAAAGGUUUCUGGAUGACCCUACCAUGAUCAGCGAGCUUGAAAGAACCAUAAAAGAGGUGGAGGAAUGCAUGCUCAACGAAGGAAAAGAAAAACUCACGAAAUCAGAUGAUGCUCUUGGGCAAGAAGGAAAGUCGAUCACCUUACAAUAACUUUAGGCGGCGAACAUGAUGCAAGCGCAAGGAUUACACAAAAAACUAUUUAACUUGUAACUCUGGGUUUUGUUUUUGAUCUUAUUAAGUGGUUGGAAAUCUGGAUCAGUUUAUUUUACACUAUUGGUUGAUCAUAUGUAACAAGUCUGACGGGUUUCAUAGCCAUUGAUCAUGAUUUUGCCGAUAGGUUUAACUGAGAAAGGAACGAAGUCAAUGUGAACACGAAGUUCCGAGGAAAUCACACAGCGCCCAUGUCCUCCUUCAAAGCCCUUGCUUCGCGUUUAAUGAUGAAAUUUACCCAAGCCACGCAGACUGUUAUUCAGGCAUUUACAUUUGCUUUUUCACAAAAUUAAUACUUCAAAGUUAAAAGAGAUUUAAGGUAAUGUUUUUUGGUUGCAUGGAAGUAAUUUCAGAAAUUUAAACCUAUACUGAAUUGUCAUCUCUGCGAAUCUCCUCUCCCCUUACUGUCUUACUGUGGGUGACGAGGACGAUGAGCAGGUGCAUCAGAUCGAGGGAAACUAAGGCGCUAUGUACGGUCGCGUUCUUUCGAAAACAUAUUCUGUCUAGGAAUUCUCUAUAUUGGAUUCCCCUGAACAGGGAUUUAAAAUUUGUAUUAAGUUGUAACCUUUGCAGACUUUUUAAUUUUUUCAGCUAAUUGUGUAAGAAAUCUUCUUCACGUGUUCUUGUAUUUGUGACAGUACAAAUAGUCAGUUUAAAACAUCAGAUGUAGUUUGUUUUGGAAACAAUAUAAUUUGACACAAGCAUCAGUACAAAACUGGGGCUCUUACUUAGUGUAGAAGACACAGUUUACAUGAAAGAAUAGAGAAGAAAAAGACCAAAGAAAGAGGAAAACAACGAAAAUAAUUGGUUAAUGAGGCGGCGUUCUAUUGUGACAUGUUCUGUGUCUUCGACACCAAGAAGACGCCAAAACUGGAACCAUAAUGUCAUUCCCAAGACUUUCUCUUUUCCAUCUCCAAAAGUCCUGGGAACGAGGAUGAUGGAGUCCCUUCGGACGUUCGUGUCAGUAGUAGACACUAUCAAAUCGAGCCUCAUGAAUGUAUGAUGUUAACCGACAAUUACUUAUUUAUCAGAAACCUUGUCGUUUUUGAAGCGUUUUACUGACCCUGUUGAAUUAUUUCAGUUAUUUAAUCUAUUUAAAAGUUAACAAGGAAUUUGAAAGCUGUCAACUACAUCACAAAUUCUGUUUUGGGGUUCUUAACUCAAACUAAUGGUGUAUAAUAAAA